GGAGGUAAAGUGGUGGUAAGUAGGUUUUUGUGUGUUGUAAAAGGUUGAAGAUGAGUAGCGGCGGCGGAAGAGGUCCGCCAAAGCACCAGAACAAAUUCGCCUGGAAACCUAACGGUGGCGUUAAGAUCAACCCUACAGAAUUAGGGGGCCAAUUGAGGCCGUUUUCGGAUAUAACUGGCGUUUGCUAUCGCUGUAAAGAACAGAUCGAUUGGAAACGAAAAUAUGGAAAAUAUAAGCCUCUCUCUGAACCUGCAAAGUGUCAGCGGUGUUCCAAGAGGAACGUUCGGCAAGCUUAUCACAAUCUCUGUGCUGGUUGUGCUAAGGAGCACCAUGUAUGUGCCAAAUGUUCAUGCCGCGUUGAUAAAAUAAUUGGAAGAGAUAUUUUAGAAGUGGAAGCUGAGCAGAAGACAUUAGAAGAGGCCAUCAAGAAUGCUCGGGAGAGGGAUAGACGAAGUCUGUUAAGAGUUAUGAACAAAGAAAAAUCCAAGGGCUCGGCUUCAACUCCAACUGCUGAUGCCGGCAAAGCUGGCGACUUAUAUACUAUACAAUCACUUGAAGAGUAUGCUGAAUACAGUAGGGAUGGUGAGGGUGAGCAUGGAGGGCAAGAUUUACCGAGAGUUGUUGGGUAAUCCCUGUUUAUUAAGCAAAGUUCGUGUAGCUCUCUGAUCUUCAAAGAACAGUGGCCUCUCUUUAUGCAUCUUCCAAAGUGCAUUUUUGUCAGUCCCUUAAUGUGUAACUAUGAUUGUAAGAUUAACUUUAAGAACACUGGAUAAUGCCACCUGAACAAAAGAGGUUAAAGUUGUUCACAAUUGUGGCUAAAGCAAUGAGCGAGUAAAUUUUUUGUCUUGUUUC